CAAGCUUAAACAAGUCACAACAAUAACAAGGCCACGUGAUCACCACAAGUUACCACGAUCAUCAUCACUAAUUUAACACGCACCAGCGGCAUCGGGAGCUCGAGUGGCCCUAUACUCAAACCAUGGCCCAGGGGAAGCACAUGAGCAAGAAGGGGAAAGGAGGACAAAAAGCUCCCCCGAACUUGAAGAAAGGGAAGCGCCAGCAGGCUCCACUUAAAAUGAGGAAAGGCUCCCGGGCCAUAGCGCCCAAGAAAGCCAAGGCGAGAGAGGCUAUGGUGGUGCAGAAACAGUUGCAGAAGGCAAUCAACAGCAACAUUGAGGAGGAGAUGAAGCAGCGUGCAUCCAAGGACACCACUUCAUUUAAGCUUUUCAAGAAGGAGAAGCCUGAAGAUAAACAGAAAAAAUGACAAACCGCGAAUAAUGUAUUUCACUGUAUUGCAUCGAAACUAGACUUGUUUUUGUAAUAAACAGUAUUUAUAUAGAAUUACUAUAUGUAUAUUUAGAAAUAAAAGACCAAACUGCU